CCGAAGCAGCCGGGGCUGAUGGCCCAGAUGGCCACCACUGCUGCCGGGGUCGCCGUGGGCUCUGCCGUGGGACACACCAUAGGCCACGCGCUUACAGGAGGGUUUGGUGGAGGAAGCAGCUCUGAAGCUGCGAGGCCUGAUAUCACCUACCAGGAGCCCCAGGCAGCCCAGCCUGCCUACCAGCAGCAGCAGCAGUCCCAGUUUGCUCCUUGCCAGUAUGAAAUGAAGCAGUUCCUGGAGUGUGCACAGAACCAGACUGACCUCAAGCUGUGCGAGGGCUUCAGUGAGGUGCUGAAGCAGUGCAGGUUUGCUAAUGGUAAGUAG